UCGAAAAUGUCUUCCAAAUACUUACCAGUGUUGCUCCUUCUCGGAGUGGUUCUUUUCAUCACUUCCUCACUUGCUGAUAACCAUCAUGAGCCUCCCAAAAAUGAGCAUAAGCCACCAGAACACAAACCACCAAAUCACAAACCACCUCACGGACACAUGUUGGUAGAGGAGGUUGAGGACUCACACAAGCCCAAUUUCCCAGGACAUGGUGGCAAGGGUGAGAAGCAACCACCCAACAAGCCUAAUUUCCCAGGACACGGUGGCAAGGGAGAGAAGCAACCACCAAAACACAAGCCACCGCAUGGAAACAUGUUGGUGGAGGAAGCUGAUGACUCACACAAGCCUAAUUUCCCUGGACAUGGUGGCAAGGGAGAGAAGCAACCACCGAACAAGCCUAAUUUCCCAGGACAUGGUGGCAAGGGAGAGAAACAGCCACCCAACGAGCCUAAUUUCCCUGGACAUGGUGGCAAUGGAGAGAAGCAACCACCCAAGCACAAGCCACCGCAUGGACACAUGUUGGAGGAGGAAGUUGAGGACUCACACAAGCCUAAUUUCCCAGGACAUGGUGGCAAGGGAGAGGAGCAACCACCCAACAAGCCUAAUUUCCCAGGACAUGGUGGCAAGGGAGAGAAGCAGCCACCCAACGAGCCUAAUUUCCCAGGACAUGGUGGCAAGGGAGAGAAACAGCCACCCAACGAGCCUAAUUUCCCAGGACAGGGUGGCAAGGGAGAGAAGCAACCACCCAAACACAAGCCACCGCAUGGACACAUGUUGGAGGAGGAAGUUGAGGACUCACACAAGCCUAAUUUCCCAGGACAUGGUGGCAAGGGAGAGGAGCAACCACCCAACAAGCCUAAUUUCCCUGGCCACGGUGGCAAGGGAGAGAAGGAGCCACCAAAGCACAAGCCGCCAACUCAUGGAGAAGUUGAGGAUUCACAUAAGCCACCCAGGAAGCUGAAGCCACCAACUCAUGGAGAGAAGGAACCAAAGCCCUACCACAAGCCACCCCAUAAGCCCCCAUCUUCCAAUUGAUCAGCACCUACACAUAUAUAUAUCUAUAGGAAUUUCCUCGUAUGAAGAAAUAACAGACCAUGCAAAUCAUAUAUCAAUUUCUUGAGAUUAGUAUUCUGUUCUGUGUAUUAGUUACUACUUAAGAGGAGUAUUAUUUGUUUUGCUUUGGUCAUUGUAGUGCUUAUUAUCAGUUGGCUUGUACCUGAUGAGCAUAUUUUAUUCAGUAGUUUGCUCGUCUUAUGUUGUCAUGUAAAUUAUCCAGUUUCCCGAGUUAUACUUGAGAUUUCUUCUGUUCACUA